UUUUUUUUUUAUUCUUUCUUCUUUCCACACAGGGAGGGGGAAAAAAAUAAACAAAUAAGGCAAUUUCUACAACAUUAUCACCUCGGCUCCCUUUUAAAGUGCACUCUACAUUAACACACCGACACUCCCCGGAGCAGUCGACCGCCUCAUCCAUGCAUCGGAGUCCCGGGCCCCAGCGCACCGGCUCCGGCUCCAGCUCCAGCCAUGUCGGCCAGGAAUGCAGCGGCUGGCGGCGGUGACAGAGCGGGAGACGAACCGGCAGAAGAUGUGCUGGUUGAGGAAAACCAAUGCAGUUCUAUGUCUUUGACCGGCCUGAUGACCCCGUCCUCAGCUGCAGGGAUGUCCUUUAGCAUGGAGAUGCCCCGGAAGCGCAAGGGCAGCAUGGACAACCAGGAUAGAAAAACUGCUUCCACCCCUGACGCAGAUAUGGAAGACGACCAAAACGGGUCAGAUGGAGAGGACCAACACGUCAAAAUUAAAUGCUUCAGGGAACCGCAUAGCCAAAUUGAGAAGAGGAGACGGGACAAAAUGAACAAUCUUAUUGACAAACUAUCAGCCAUGAUCCCUACUUGUAACCCCAUGUCCCGAAAGCUGGACAAACUCACUGUGCUCAGAAUGGCUGUGCAGCACCUCAAAUCUCUCAAAGGUUCAGGAAGUUCUUUUUCUGAAGCCAGCUACAAACCGUCAUUCCUUCCUGACGAGGAGCUCAAACACCUCGUCCUCAAGGCUGCAGAUGGGUUCCUGUUUGUAGUGGGCUGUGAUCGUGGGAAAAUAGUUUUUGUCUCAGAGUCCAUCACGAAGAUAUUAAAUUAUAGUCGGGCGGAGCUGAUUGGACAGAGCCUGUUUGAUUACAUACACCCAAAGGACAUGGGAAAAGUGAAGGAGCAGCUCUCAGCUUCUGAAUUAUACCCUCGUGAACGGCUAAUAGAUGCUAAAAGUAAAACAAUUAUUUUUGUCUGUGUGAGUUUCUGUGUGUGUGAGAGCGUAUUUAACACUGCUUUAAUGUCUCCAGCCGGUCUGCAGGUCCAGGCUGACCUCCCAGUCGGUGCAGCACGGUUGUGUUCGGGCGCUCGGCGCUCAUUCUUCUGUCGCAUGAAGUACAAUAAAAUUUCUGUCAAAGUGGAGGAGAAGGAAUUCCAAGCCAGCACCUCCAAAAAGAAAGAGUCGCAGAAGUACUGCACAGUCCACUGUACAGGAUACAUGCGCAGCUGGCCCACCAGCCAGUUGGAAGCAGAGGGGGAGGGCGAGGCAGACAAGCUGGAUAGCUCCUACUUCAGCUGCCUGGUGGCGAUGGGACGUGUCCACUCCCACUCAUCUCCUCAGGUUAAUGGAGAAGUCCGAGUGAAACCCACAGAGUUCAUCACGCGCUAUGCCAUGGAUGGCAAAUUCACCUUUGUCGAUCAAAGGGCUACAACCAUUCUUGGUUAUCUUCCCCAAGAACUGCUUGGGACAUCAUGCUAUGAGUACUUCCAUCAAGACGACUUACCGCAUUUAGCUGACAGACAUCGAAAAGUGCUGCGGAGUAAAGAAAAGAUAGAGACAAACUGCUACAAGUUCAAAACAAAACAUGGCUCUUUUGUCACCCUGCAAAGUCAGUGGUUUAGUUUUGUAAAUCCCUGGACCAAAGAAGUAGAAUACAUAGUGUCAACUAACACAGUUAUAGCACAUGAACACAGUCGAACCAGUCGGUCAGGAAACAAGUCUGAACAAUCGAGCAAUUCCAAGACUUCUGAAGAAGAUGGCAAGAAGUCCCUUCCAGUUAUACCAGGCAUCACCACACCUGGAGCCAUGAUUUAUCCUGUAAACAUUGGGACCCAGAUUGCCAAUGAGCUGCUGGAUUUCAACAGGAUGAACUCAUCACCCUCCAGUGGUAGCGUCAGCCCUUUCAAUCUACAACAGGACAAGUGUCAACCAAUUCACAAUCAAAUCAGCAACAAUGUGCCAAAUGGAGAGGCAACGGACAUGGAGAUUCCAGGAAAGUCCAGCUCAGAGGAUGAGCCACAAGGAGCUGCGUUCUCAGGAGGAGAAACACUCAUGGGGGAGAAUUCCCAGCUGGAUUUGGACAGCGUGGUUGGACCGGGCCUCAGCAGUCUUAGCAAUGAUGAAGCAGCCAUGGCAGUGAUCAUGAGCCUCCUGGAGACCGACACAAACUUGGGCGAGGCUGUGGACUUUGAAGAGAUGCACUGGUCUUUAUAGAAUCUGCUCUUUCAGUGUGAAGCUGGAGAACACUGCAAAAACACUUGGACCAUCAGUUUUUUGAUGCCGAGAACUGCUUGAAUGCUUAAUCUAAGAUGCAGCAUUCCUUUUUUAAGGACUUUUUUUUUUAAUUUAUUAGUCACCUUUUUCCACAUAAGCUGUGUAGUCUUCGUGUGGCUGCUCUAACAGGGAGCAGGAUCGACGACAAUACGGGACACCCUGCUUCCCCUCUUCAGAAGGAGGAUGUGCCUCUAACGCCUUACAGCAGUCUGCGUGCCCUAAAACGCUCUUCCUCACUGCUUUCCUCACAUCUACUAUCAUCCUCUGUUUAACUGAAGAGGCCUCACAAGGUUGAAGAACCCAUAAAUAAACAUUACAGUGACAUGAUGUACAAUGGCUCGGGGUUCCUGCUUAUAUUUCUCUCCUCCACCUACAUUUGAACAAAGGUUGGGAGUGACGAUGCAAAAAAAAAAGAAAAAAGAAAUUGCACUGAAUCGAUUUCAUUUUUUUUUUUUUUUUUAAAGGUUGUAAUUUGAUUAGGUACUGUAUGUUUAAUUAAAAUGCGAGGAAGACCUUGACAACCUGGCCCAUCUCUGUGACCCCCUCAGGAUUCAAGCCGUAGGUAGCCAGUGUACCACGGCAGACCACACUUCCAUCACCUCUAACUUUGAGAGUCACCUCAUGAUGUGCCACUCAGAGAUUUUCUCUUAACUUGUCAGUAUCUGAACAUUUUCCAUGGAAACAGUCCAGUAACCUCCUCUCUUGUACACUUGAACAUAUACUGUCUAUGUGUGGAUUUGGUAUGAUUGCAAACACAGUGUGUUCAGGCCAUAUCUGUCUUAAAGGGAUAGUUUGCAUAGGAAGAAUAUUUAAUGUUUUUAGUAUGUACACUUUUAUAUACAUUUAGCCCACAAUGUUGGCUGCCCUGGAUUUUUUUUUUUUCCCCCAAGCAAACAUUUAACAUUUCCUGGCAGAAAUGAACCCCCUUCACACGGCGGUUCACCUUGGAUUUAUGAUCACUACAGUACUACUUCAUGCAAAGUGAAAUGGCACUUUAGAGGUGCUGAAAUUGAGGUUUGGUAGCAACGGCUGAGCAGCAAACCCAUUUCACAUCUGUGACAUUUUAUCAACACAUGUUUGAGGUUGAUCUCGCGUGUCUGAUGGUAGAAGUGCUAACUCAGGGAGUGACGGAAACAGAGCCGCCCCAUUUUAACAUACGAUGACACAGUUCUCAGUAACUGUGGCAGUAUUUUGUCCUCCUGCUUCCCUACUUUCUGUACAUUGGUGUGAGUCAUGUCUCGUGAUAAGUCUGUCCUUAUUCACUUGUGUGUCUGUGUUCUUACACUUAAUGUCAGUUUUAUAAUCUUGCAGGUAAGCCAUAGCUUCAGCUG